CACAAAGAAGAGAAGAAAAUGCUUCUUCUUCGAAUCGUCGUAAAGAACCACAUAGCACUUGCUUGAUUGGCUGAGGAAGAUGACAAUGGAUAUAAGAAAAUGACAGGUCAGCCGCAGGAAGGAGAGAAAAAAGGCACUUUUGGUCUUCUCGUAGGAAUUGAUUUUCCUUGUCUUUGAAGCUAAACUUUCCAUCCCACUAGUCUCCAGUACUCACCCAAUGCCAUUAAUACUUCACUGAUCUCUCUGUCUCUCUCACACUCUUAUCUUACCAAUACCGUCUUAAUAAUUUCUAUGGUAAUGAUGAACAAUUUUGGAUACUUUUAACGUUGUCCUCAGCCAGCCUGCCAAACCACAAUGACAAACACCAUCAUCAUUCAUUACUUAUUCAAGUAACUUAAAAGUCUGAUAGUUGGGUGUUGGUGGGAGUGGUCCCAUUUCCUGAUGAAUUUAGGCUAUGGUAUUUCCUCUUGAGUCAUGAUGCUCUUCAAUCCAGUUGAGACAUUAUUGCUUUAUCAGAUUCAAUAGAUGUCGCUGCUGUCACCGCCAAACACGACCAUGCUUAUCCCUCGUAACGGGGGUUUGGCCCAAUGGCAGACCAAAAUGGAUGAAGGUAUCAAUGCUGGACAAAAAAGCAUUCAUUUUACUAAUAAAUCUAAUAAGAAGGUUCUUUUACACGAGUCCAAUCGGUCACCUAAACAGGUUUUACAAGCAAAAAUUGUAAAAGCUACUUCUACCCAUUUUAAAUCCUCCUCAUCAGCAAUGUAUAUGCAAGUUUGUGGCUGCUUAUAUGCCAACCACAUUGAGCAGCACGUUCACUUCGUCCUUGCGGGAAAUGCUCAUCCCAGAAAUUCUGCUAAUAAUGUGACUGGAACAAGCCUCUCUGCACAUGCAAGUGGUGUGGUAUCCGAGUCUCACUACAAUGGAAGGCCACAGGGGAGUGGUUGGGAUAGACUUGGCAAGCCAUUGGACGAUGCAUCUGAAGGGAGUGAGACUGUUGAUGUGAGUGCUGUUGCUCAUAUUAAUCAAGAUGAGCAACUACUUAACUGGAAAUCACCAAUGCAUACUGCACUGAAUGGUGGACAUAGUCGGACUGUGAGAGGGGAAGUUCCUGGUCUUUGUAAGAAUGACCUUGCUGAGGGUAGAACAUUAGAUCAUGAGCCUCAUCCACAGCAUUCGGCGAAUAACAUCAGAAGAAAGAGACACUUUGGUGACAUCAGUCUUGGCCUUGGUGCUGGUUCAGUUUCUUCAGUGGGUGAGAGGAAGACAGGUCUCCAAAGCAAAGAAAAUUUACAGGAUUUGAAAAAACCACAUAAGACAACUGCUCCAAACUUGGCUUCGGUAGGUUCUGUACCGGCUAAACUAUGCUCAUUGACCAAUGAAUAAAAACGAAGCUGCUAAUCAUAUUAUAAGAACAUUGAGAGCAAUAACAUUAUGUAAUGGUGUUACUCUGUUAAAAAGAAAUGAUUUGUGUAUUUUUAUUCUCCAAGGAAUAAUCUUUGCUUUUUCAUGCUAGAAAGUAGAAACUUUAUUUUGUUUCCUUCAAGGACAUCCCAUAAAGUUGGAUUCGUACAGGCAGAGGGUUUACUUGGUUCAUUGUGUUGAUGUAUACUGGAAGUUUUAGAUGCGAAACAAAAAUUGCAUCAAAUCGAGACGGAAAUGUCUAGGCUCCGAUCAAGGCAGAUGGAGAUGGAAAAAUAUGGAAAGCCAAAUUUCUUGUUAAGUUUUGGUAAAGGCCAUCCCAGAAAAUGCAGCAAUUUUUAUGUCCUCAUAAUUAUUCUUGGUUUUAAAGUUUUUCAGUUUCCUUCAUAUUUUCGAGCUGAAACAGUUUAUUCUUCUUCGCCAUCUUCUUCUUAUAGAUUUUGACAUGUCUUACAGUCAAAUUGAUCGAUUAGCUUCCUGUUAGGUCUUUUAGGAUACUUUUCUUCUCCGCCAUUGAAUAAAAAGAUCUGUCUCUUUGAUUAAGCUUGUUGAACCCUCUUUCUCUGAAGUUCUUAUCUGUAGGGAGCUUUAACUAGUUGGCCGUGAAGCUCAUUGAAUGUACUAUAUUAUACCAAAUGCCCAACUUCACACUGGAUUUUGUUCACUUGGGACUUUGCAGGUUCGUCAAAGUGCCUGGAAGAAGAUUCUGAAUCAAGAACUAUAAUUGUGACAAAUGUAAACUCAUAGAACCUUUGCUAGAUGCCUUUUCUACGCUAUCCGAAUUGUUUCUUAGUUGUGCUUACAAUUUCUGUUGUAGUCUUCUGUAGCUUUCCAUUUUGGUAAGGCUUGUUGAUGCAUACUGUAUUGUUAUCCAGAUAUUUCUAGGUCUUUUGUUUCUAGGUUGUUUCUAGAACAUAUAUCUUAAAUUUUUUCUCUAAAUAGAAUGGCAUAAAUGUUUAUGAGAA